AUGAAAUGUUGGUUCAAAGAGUUCAACGACCGAGUCACGGUCGCGAUUACAUUGACUGUCCAUGCUCGUGACCGAACUACCAUCGAACAGUGUGGAAGGAAUUCACGGCCUGACGGAAGCAUGGACCUUCGGAUUCCUGCUCAAAUGAUGGACAUUGUCCGCAAACCAUCGCCAAACUGUCCGGGUCAGUGGGGAGCUCAAGCUGCAGCUUCGUGA